AUGGCGACUCCCAACAAUAUUACUGCCACAAACUGCAGCUGGUGGCCCAUUUCAGCGCUGGAGAAUGAUGCAGGCAAAUCCACGGAGGUUGAGGAGAAUCGGGAUCCAACACACCCUGCCUUCAGGUCCAAGGACAGGCUGGUUCUGUAUCACUGGACCCAAUCCUUCAGCUCACAGAAGAAGUUACAAGUCCGUCUGGUCAUUGCAGAAAAAGGGAUACCUUGUGAAGAACGAGAUGUGAGCAUGCCCUUGACUGAGCAUAAAGAACCAUGGUUUAUGCGCCUAAACCUUGGGGAAGAAGUACCUGUCAUCAUCCAUGGAGAUAAUAUAAUCAGUGACUACAAUCAAAUAAUUGACUACAUGGAGAAAAACUUCACAGGAGAGCACGUCAUCCAGCUAGUUCCUGAGAACGGAAGCCUCCUUCAUUCACGAGUAAUGCAGUAUAGAGAAAUCCUAGAUUCCUUACCCAUGGAUGCCUACACUCAUGGAUGUAUUCUUCACCCAGAACUCACCACAGACUCCAUGAUUCCAAAGUAUGCUACAGCUGAGAUUCGCAGACAUUUAGUUAAUGCCAGCUCAGAUCUGAUGAAGUUGGAUGAUGAUGAUGAUGCACAACUAACGGAACCAUACCUUUCCAAACAGAAGAAACUUAUGGCCAAAAUUCUGGAGCACGACAAUGUGAACUAUCUGAAGAAAAUCCUGGGAGAUCUGGGAAUGGUGCUAGAUCAAAUUGAAGCUGAACUGGAGAAGAGAAAAAUUGAAUAUCAAGGGCAGAAAUGUGAACUCUGGCUUUGUGGAUGUGCAUUCACCUUGGCUGAUGUUUUGCUGGGAGCCACGUUACACCGCCUCAAGUUCCUAGGACUCUCAAAGAAAUACUGGGAAGAUGGCAGCAGACCCAACCUACAGAACUUCUUUGAAAGGAUACAAAAACGUUUUGCUUUCAGGAAAGUCUUGGGGGACAUCCAUACUACUCUCCUCUCAGCAGUGGUACCCAAUGCAUUCAGGCUGGUCAAACGGAAACCUCCAUCCUUUUUGGGGGCCUCUUUCCUCAUGGGAUCUCUAGGGGGGAUGGGAUAUUUUGCUUAUUGGUAUCUAAAGAAAAAAUAUAUCUAG